AUGGUGCGGUGCUCCCCGGAUUUAAUGCCCGGGCCAUUUUCUUAAUCGCGGCGCCGUGGAUGGCCGGGGAGACCGGCACAUGGCUCCGACUUGAGUGCUUCGAACGAGUCGCGUCUCCGAGCCGGAACCCUCGAGGGAGGUCAACGCCCACGUUGCCUCUGGACGGCGAGCCGGCGUGCCGCGAUAAGAGGAUUGCCCAUGAGACUGCUCAGCACGGGACAUAG